AUGGACGAAAACAUACCUCCAUCUAAAAAGUUCAAUACCGAGCUUUCCGAUUAUUCGAAGGCUCAUGCGGAGAAGACUGGUCCAUACGACCCGGACCUUGACGUCGACUCUCUCAUUGUUGGAGCAGGGUUUGCUGGCGUUUUCAUGUUGAAGACUCUUCGCGACCGCGGACACAAUGUCGUUAUAUAUGAAGCAGGAAAUGACCUUGGAGGUACCUGGCGAUGGAAUUGUUACCCUGGGGCAACCGUAGACUCGGAAGUUCCAGUGUACGAAUUCUCCUGGCCGGAAGUGUGGAAAACAUGGAACUGGACCUCUAAUUAUCCUAGCUAUGAAGAACUCAGAGCCUACUUUGACCAUGUUGAUAAGGUAGUGGGAGUCAAAAAGGACUGUUCCUUCAACACAAUUGUCUCAGGUGCUCACUUCGAUGUUGACACGGGACGUUGGAUUGUAAAAACGUCUGAUGGCCGAACUGCCAAGGCUAAGUAUCUCGUACUCGGAACUGGCUUUGCUGCAAAAAGAUACGUCCCUCCAUGGCCAGGUAUGGACAAGUUCAAGGGAGUAAUUCACCAUUCGUCAUUCUGGCCAGAUGAGAACGUCGAUGUUAAGGACAAGCGCUGUGCCGUUAUUGGCACGGGUGCCUCGGGUGUCCAAAUUGUGCAGGCCUGGGGUCCUGUCGCGAGUGAAGUCAAGGUCUUCCAACGCACACCAAACCUAGCUCUUCCUAUGCGAAAGCGAGACCUUACAGUGGCAGAACAGGAGACGGCCAAGAAGCUAUAUCCUGAACUGUUCAGGUAUCGUGAAAAGACGUAUGCUGGUUUCACCUAUGAUUGGCAUGAGAAAAAUACAUUUGAUGAUACUCCAGAGAAGCAACAGGGAUUGUAUGAGAAGAAGUGGGCUGAAGGGGGGUUUCGCUUCUGGCUAUCAACAUACAAGGACAGCCUCUUGAACCCAGAGGCCAACAAGCUAUCUUACAAAUUUUGGGCUAAGCAAACUCGCGACCGCAUUGGCGACCCUCGAAAGCGAGAUAUCUUGGCUCCGUUGGAGAUGCCUCACUUUUUUGGUGUAAAGCGUCCUUGCCUCGAAGUGAACUACUAUGAGCAAUUCAAUCGCUCAAGCGUGGAUGUUGUAAGUAUCCAGAACAAUGCUAUAGAAGGGUUUGAUGAGACUGGGAUUAUCCUUCAAGAUGGAAGUCACCACGAUUUCGACAUAAUCGCGGUUGCAACUGGAUUCGAUGUUGUUACAGGAGCCAUGACGCAGCUUGGACUCAAGAGCAUCAAUGGGACGAAUUUAGAGGACGAAUGGAAGGAUGGUGCUAAUACAUACCUGGGCCUUACAGUGGGCGGCUAUCCCAACCUUUUUCAUAUUUACGGAGUGCAUGGUCCAACUCUAUUGAGCAACGGGCCGACGAGUGUUGAGGUGCAAGGUCGGUGGAUUGCAGACUGUAUCGAGAAGAUGGAGAGGAAGAAGAUCAAAUAUAUAAACCCCAAACCUGACGCCGUCAGGACGUGGAAGGAUCAUAUCGUGGAACUGAAUAAUAGGACCCUGCUUCCGACUACCCGGUCAACUUACAUGGGUGGUUCAAUCCCUGGCAAGAUCAAAGAACCGGUUUGCUAUACCGCUGGAGUGGGCAGAUACUAUACGGAGAUCCGAAACGCACUUGACAGUAUGGACGGGUUCGACAAGGUUAUGCUUUAG